AUGAACACUAUCCCUGAGGCAGAGCCCUCGUCGGUUACUUCUAGCUCUAGUUUCCAGACAUUCCAGAACGAUAGGAAGCGGAGAGACAACAUCAACGAGCGGAUCCAGGAGUUGCUGCAGUUAAUCCCACGGGAGUACUUCCAAGAGUACUACAACGGGUCCAAGGACCUCCCACCCCCAGAGGAGGAGACCCCCAAUGCAUCAAAGUUGAAGGGCACGGGGACGAGAGACGGCAAGCCGAACAAGGGCCAGAUACUGACACAGGCGGUCGAGUACAUCACGCAGUUACAGAACGAGGUCGACUCCCGCAACAGGGAGGAAGUGGAGCUGAUGCUGAAAGUACAGAAGCUGGGCAAGACUACGGGCACGCUGAUCGAUGACAUAAACCUCGAGGACACGAGUGCAGAGAUCGAGUUGUCGCGUAUUGGCGUGGGGCCCCUCGCUGGCGACGGCAACGACAGGAAACCUGCCAAACCGCAAACCCAACCACAACAGUCACAACCACAUCAGUCGUUCGAGUACGGUGGCUACUCUGAGUACAACUAA